AUGCAGCCAAGCCCUGCCGCCGCCCGCCCGAUUGGAUUGAGCGGAGGUUCCGGCGCCACCACUUCCGCUGCCCGGCAGCAUCUGCGUGCACUCCUCCCCUGGAGCAACGCACCGCGCGCGGCCGCAGGCGAGGACGGCAGUAGCCGCGGCCCCGGCGCGGCGGCACGGCGGCGCCGCAUGCACGAGUUUCGAGUGACGGUCGGCGCAGCCACAUUCCCAGACCCAUCCACUACCAACGACCCGCCUGGCUCCGCCACGCCCGUGUCGGGGUUCGAUCUGCCGCGCCCGUUUGGAGCAGCCACUGUGCUGGUGGCACCCGACGCGGCUGCUGACGAGCGGGACGACGCCGCGCAGCUGCCCCGCUGCUACUUCUCAAGCGGCAUGAACCGCUGCUUCCUCAACCCGGAGUUUCCGCUGACGUACCCUCCUCCAAAAGGCGACCCCGCCGCACGGUUCGAGUUGAAACUGGUGGCGCGCGGCUAUGCCUGCUCGCGCCACGUCAGCGAGGUUUCCUGCAGCUCUGACCCUUCACAACAGUGCCGGUGGCGCGGCGGGCCCCCAGGCAGCAUUGGCGGCGCGGGGGGCGGCGGCGGGGGCAGCGGCGGUGGCGGGCCCGCGCUGGCGGCGGCGGUUUCGGGCGGACUGGGGCGGCCGUGCGCGCUAGAUGAGGCAGCGCAGGCCAAGGCUGUAUCGGACUUCUAUCUGUGCCCGGGCAGCAAGGUGCUCAGAUAUAUCAACUGCGCCACUGCGGCAAAGGCCGACGCCUGCAGCGCUCUGCAGGGGUGCGAAUGGUCGGAGUCGACUGCCUCUGACAACUCCACGCUGUCUUACGUAAUGGGGGCCAUCAACGACACCCUGUCCUGGACCACCAUCCGCCCCCUGGGCGUGCUGCCGCUCGACGCGCGCUGCCGGCCCACUGACCUCAGAUUUGAGGACGGGGAGCAGGCAACAGGGCCGCCGCUCAGCAGGGAGAUGUGGGGCACGUGCAACACGGUGCGGCGGCUGAACGGGGGGCCGGUGUGCGACGCGGCGAAGGACCCUGCGGCGUGCCCGUCGCUGGAUGGAGACAUGUACGAGCACUGGCAGUAUGGGGGCAUGAUGCGGAGCACCCAUCAAUUGCUGGGCGGCGGCGCUUGGAGCCACCAGUUUGUGGCUGACUGGUGGGCCUGUGACAGCCAGGCAGCGAACGUCGAUGCGUGCAAGGCCGCCAACACUUCCACCUCCAUCUACUCAAAGCCAAAGAGACCAAAGACCGCGGCCGUCAUUGCCGCGAUCCCAAGGCCGCAAAAGCUCUCGCAGGCGCCACCGGCCCCGACCGCCAGCAACGCCACCGCCAUCAAUGCCUCUGAUGCUGGCGCGGCAACCACGGACGCCACCGACGCAGGCUCGUCAGAAGGGGAUGAAGGGGACGCGGCGGCGGCAGAGGAACAGACAGGAGAUGGCAGCGCAAAGGAUGAGGAGGAGGCUCUGCUAGACGAGCCCCUGACCGGCGACAAGUGGGGGUCCCAACAGGACCCUGGGUCAGCAGUCGUGCCACCGGAGGUCGGGGCUGCCGCCAACGUCAGCAGCGCCGUCGCCCCUGCAAGCGAGGCCAACGGCACCGCGGCGACACCGGAGCCGCUGCGCAAGCCGAAUGGGGGGGCACGGGCGGCGGGGCCGCUGGAGGGUCUUACGUUCCUGUUGGUCGCUGCUGCCAUUGCGCUUGAAAUAGUUGUGUGA